UCCCUCUUCCUCCAAUAGAACGCAACGGCCUCCCCUUUCUCCUCUCCUCCGGCCCCGCUUGAUCUUCGCUCAUUGGCAGCGCCGCGGAGGGAAGCCUGGGCUUCCAUUGGUCGCCCGGUCGCCCCUGGGGACGCUAAGGCGGCGCUUGUUGGCGAGACCCGCGGCGAGCCCUCAUUGGCUCCUCCCCUCCUCUCUCAUAGGCUGGAGAGGGGCGUUCGGCGCGCGCCUGCGCAACGUUGGGCGCGAGAGGAAGACCGUUAGGGCGGUUGGCGCCCCUCCCCCAGCCGCUCUUCCUCCUCCUCCUCCUGCCGCCCCCGCUCCCGUCCUCGCCGCGGGCGGCCAUCCCCGGCGGAAGGAAGGAGGCGCCGAAGCGGCCAUGAAGGCGGGAGCAACAUCCAUGUGGGCUUCCUGUUGUGGGUUGCUGAAUGAAGUCAUGGGCACCGGAGCCGUGCGUGGCCAGCAGUCUGGAUUUGGGGGUGGAGCAAACCCAUUUAGGUUUACACCAAACACCGACUUCACUGUGUACACAUCUUCGGCAGCAGGAGGAGCCAGCUUAGUCUGCAAAGCAUGCGGCCUUUCAUUCUCCGUGUUCAGGAAAAGGCACGUGUGUUGUGAGUGCAAGAAGGACUUCUGUUCCGUGUGUUCGGUCUUGCAAGACAACCUGCGAAGGUGCGCCACUUGUCAGCUGCUCCAGGAGACAGCGUUUCAGCGGCCUCAGCUAAUGCGUUUGAAAGUGAAAGACCUGCGCCAGUAUCUGGUUCUCAGGAACAUCCCGACAGAUACCUGUCGGGAAAAGGAAGACUUGGUGGACCUUGUCAUGUGCCACCAUGGGUUGGCUUCUGCCGAGGAUACGGACGCUGGCAGCUUGCAUUCAGCACGCUCACAGACUGCUAGUUUUUCUGCUCCUCCCACGUCUGUGUCAGGAUCUGCAUCGUCCUCUCAGGGUGAGCUUGCAAAUAGGCACGAGAGCACAGGAAACGAAAUGCAGCUACAGGGACAGAAUGAGAGACUGUUGGCAAACCCUGGAGAAGAGGAGGAAAAGACGGAUGAGCAGAUUCCAGGACAGUCCAGGAAGCGGGCAAGGGCCUCUCUCUCGGAUCUUUCAAGCUUAGAAGAUGUUGAAGGCUUAACCGUCCGCCAGUUGAAGGAAAUACUGGCUCGGAAUUUCGUCAACUACUCAGGAUGCUGUGAAAAAUGGGAGCUGGUGGAGAAAGUGAGCCGGCUGUAUAGGGAGACGGAGGCAAAUCACAGGACCCAGGGAGAGAAGACUCAAUUGAAUGAGGAGGACGACAACCUCUGCAGGAUCUGCAUGGAUGCCGUCAUAGAUUGCGUGCUGUUGGAGUGCGGCCACAUGGUCACUUGCACCAAAUGUGGCAAGCGCAUGAGCGAGUGUCCCAUCUGCCGCCAGUACGUUGUACGAGCCGUGCACGUGUUCAAGUCAUGAACGGCAGAGACCGCAACUGGAGGUUUCCCACCAUGCUUUUCUUCUACAGGGUAGGUGCAGGCCUCAGCUGUAAAGGAGGGAGGGAGGCUCCAUCAUAGACCUCCAAUAAUUCAUAGCAGCCGGAACAGAUGCUUAGGAGCUUGACCCAUGUACUUUGGCUUUGGCAGAUGCCCUGUAAGGAUAGAGCUCUGUGGGGGAAACCAGACAGCGGCUGAGUCAAACUUGCAGCUGCUUUAGUGCUGCAGAUUGCUCUCUUCUGAAGAAUAUGGCUGAGGCACCUAAGCCAGUAGCGGAAGGGUUACAGGAGAGUGCUUUACCUUUCCAAAGAGCAGAGGGAGCAGAGUGAUGUGCAAGUGCUUUGAAAUUGACACGCUGUCCCAUUGGAGAGCCAGCUAAUGCAGUGAAUACUCAAAAUGCAUCCACUGCACAGGAGAACUGGUGAAUGCUUGCGUUCAGGUGAUGAGCAACAAACAGAGUAGCUGCCUCCAUGUCUACCUUUACAUGUGGUAUAAGGCACAGGGCCUGGGACUAGGUACUUGGGGAAGCAGGAGAUGCUUGUGACAGAAGGACACAGCAGCAUAGUAAAGCUCGUCCUCUUCCCCGUGGCACUUCCAGAUACCCUUUUAUUUUUUUUUUUUGCACAACAGGCCAAAUCUCUUCCAGAGCCAUGGCUCUAAUUCCCAGGGUGGGGUUUAAGCAAGAAAGGAAGGCUUGGGAGGAUGCCCGUUUGUUGGGAGUGUGCGUGACUUUCAUACUUCAAAACUGACUUAUUUUUCAGAAGGGAGCAAGACAAUGGAGCAAGACAUGGCUUUAUUUUUAGACAGAAAGUGCAGAAAAUGACUCCUGUCCUUGUUCGGGGGCACGCGUGUAAAGAGAAUGUAGCAUAUCAUAACAUUCUGAACAAUGGCUGUUAAAUAAACAUUUGUUGACUGGG